UAUUGGAUUUCCUAUUCCGGAAAUCCCCGCCUCGGUGGUACCGUUUCCUCUCCUUUUUCCCUACUAGCCAGCCACCCAACAAUUCUUAGGUAUUAUUACGGGCUUGAAACCUGUGUUAUAUAUUAUUACUACUUCCUCCCGAUUCUAUUCUUGUCCCUAUACCCACCUCUCUUCCAAUAAUCAUAGACUCGGCUUUCCGCUCUUGGAACGGCGUUGGGAUCAUAAAUACACAAAAGGUAGCCUGGCGCAGCCUAUCUUCACUUACAAUAAACAACAUCGACACGCGACAUUAUACCGAGGAAUACAUACAAGAAUACGAACAAGCUCUCUCAUCUCACCAAUCACAAUCCCGACGCCUCUAUAUUUCGAUUCCGGCUGCUUAUCACGCAUCUACUACGCGCCCCGAGCAACAUUUUACAAUCCCGCGCGAAGCUUUCAUCGCUCAUGUCGCGACGUAAUUCGUGUGUAUCUGACGACAACGGAAAACCACGAAGCAGAACGACAUCUCAACGUAGCCACAAAUCACCACACCAACAACCGCGUUCGCCGCGCCCGUCUUCUCAUAAUAAAUCAUCGCAAAACCCCACGAACUCUCAGGCGCAUAACCCAUCCCCUCUCAAGAUGGUUACUACUACUUCAACGACGUCGCAUCACCAUGGCGACGAAACCCUGCAUUACUACCUGCCGGACACAAACACGCGAGAGGCCGAGUUGCAAAAACAAGGGUGGAUGGAACCAAUAGUAAUAGACGACGAAGACUUGAUGUUUAGCGGUAAAAGCCUGAGUGCUUGGUAUGAGGAAGAGAGGAAGUCGAUCAGUAGUCCAGCCGAAGAGGAACGACGGGGUCGUCAAAGAGUCCGACAGCAUAAUUCACAUACGCAUCACCAUAACCACCACAAUCACCACCGUCAUCAUCCAAGUUCGACGACUACAUCCGGUAGCCACGAGCAAAAUAAACACUAAAUUACCGAUGAACGAAACGACGAACGCAAUUCGGGACGUGGAGUCCCGAGCGGUUCUCAUUCCCUUUCCAUGAUACCCAACACAACAUUUGCAUGACUACAUGGGCAGGUGUAGAAUUAACAGAUUUAACGCGCGCGUUA